AUGCGUAGGCGUAAAGGCAAUUUUCGAACGUUGGCACAAACCAACAAGACUGCGGCAGGUGGUGACCCAUCAAUAGCAGAGCCUCAUCGACGCCAUUCCCGUAAACCUUUACUAGUUCACAGCAAUUCAAUAAUUCCUGCUGUGAGUAAUAUGGCUCCAUGCAAAGAAGAAUUAAUCUUUCGUAAAACUGGAAGACCAAGGAGUCUCUAUCGCUCUAAAAGCCUCAAUAGAUCAAACCCACGGACGGAUAGUCACUUAAAAGAACAUAUUUCCAGCCAAGAGGUUACCUCAUUCUCGGCUAGUAUUGCUGCCACAAAUGCAGCCUCGAGUUCUGCUGGCCUAAACGCUGGCGCCUGCACAAUUAAUGCCAAGAUAACUCCCACUACAUUGGAAUCAGGGGAGAUAAAUAUCCAUCGCUGUGUCCAAUUUUCAAUGAGCCUGUGCGACAUGGGCAUUCAGGCAGAUUUAGCCAAUGAUGGCAGUGAACGUAUUCGGGAUAUCUGGACACGACAAGUUGAUGAAUUGCAUCGAGAAGUGCAGGUUCAAUCGGACGAAGACUUUGAUCUCUGGAUAGCUUUAGCGACCCCUCAUUCGGAGGAAGCAUCUGGAAUUAAACCAGGUGAUACGCCUUCACGUCUAGUCGAUAGACAGGUUUGCUGUGGGAGAGUGAUUAGUAAUGACAUCCGAAAUAAGAACCAAAGGGAUGAAACGCAUGAGUCUCGAUUGAUGGUAUCGGCCUCUACGGUUGCGACAACUACGGAAACAGAAGAACUAGGAGAGGAAGAGGAGGAAGAAAAUAAUGAUGAGCGUCCUUCAAAUGAGGCUCGAACCAGCGCUUCAGCAUAUCUCAAAGAGCAAUUUCUAUCGUUCUUUCAGCCUUCUGACAACAAAUUAGCAAUGAAAUUAUUCGGUACAAAGAAUGCACUCAACAAAGAAAGACGAAGACAACAACAACAGGGAAAAUGGAUAAUUCAUCCUUGCAGCAGCUUCAGGUAA